AUGCUAUUCUAUGGACCGAGUGGAGCUGGAAAGAAGACGCGCAUAGCAGGGACGCUCCGAGAACUUUUUGGUGCUGGAACAGAAAAGCUCAAAAUUGAUCAACGCGUUUUCAUGACGCCUUCGAGACGCAAGCUCGAUUUGAACAUUGUGCAGAGCAACUAUCACAUCGAGAUCACGCCUAGUGAUGUCGGGAUAUAUGACCGCGUCGUCAUUCAAGAGAUUUUGAAGGAGAUUGCGCAAACUCAACAAGUCGACCUGGGUGCAAAGCAGCGUUUCAAGGUCGUCGUAAUCAAUGAAGCCGACUCGCUCACUCGAGACGCACAAGCAGCACUGAGGCGGACGAUGGAAAAGUACAUGGCAAACAUGCGUAUUAUUCUAUGUUCUACCAGCACAAGCAAGCUCAUCGCUCCAAUCAAGUCGAGAUGCUUACUCGUUCGUGUGGGUGCGCCUACCGAUGAUGAGAUGACAAGCGUGCUGCAAUAUGUGGCGAAAAAGGAGCGCUUCACGCUUUCGGAUGAAGUGGCAAGCAAUAUUGCACGCGAUGCAGACGGAAACACACGCAAGGCUGUUCUGAUGCUCGAAGCAAUGAAGAUGCAACACCCCAAUCUAUCCGAGACGACCAUGUCGAUCCAACCAGCAAAACCGGACUGGGAGACAUAUUGCCAUCACGUUGCGGACAUGAUCGUUCAAGAACAGACGCCGAAACGAGUGAUGGACGUCCGCGGCAAGCUGUACGAGCUGUUGAGCCAUUGUAUACCACCGCAUGUCGUGCUCAAGGUCCGUGAUUUUUCUAUUGCUGUUCGUAUCCCUGUCCUCGUCAUUAUCGGAGCCAUGCCCGAGGUGGACGUCUUGCCACAUCGCCAGUCUCGGCUCCGAAGCCCAGAGCUGACGGAUCAUGGCUAG